ACAAGCUGAGUGGCCAAGUAGUAGUAGUAGAAACAAAGAACCCCCCACCCCCUCCAGGCCCCAUCUCUCUCAAAAACCGCACUGGGUUUUUUCUUCUACUCGUUGAAAUUCUAGUAUUUUGAUGAAGAGGAUUAUUUGCUCGCCCCCUCUAUAAUCCAGAGAGAGAGAGAGAGAGAGAAGAAAAGGGGUUUUUUAGGUUUUUUUUUUUUUAGUUUUUUUCCAGAGAGAUGGAAGGUGGUGAAGGAGGAGGAGGGGGAGGAGGAGGAGAGCGAGAGGAGAAUAGGAGGAAGAGAGGGGUUGAGAUCUGCGAGAGACCCUACAAGGGGAUAAGGAUGAGGAAGUGGGGGAAGUGGGUGGCUGAGAUUAGAGAGCCAAACAAGCGUUCAAGGAUUUGGCUCGGUUCCUACUCCACCCCCGUGGCGGCGGCGCGCGCUUACGACACCGCCGUUUUCUACUUGAGGGGACCCUCGGCUCGGCUCAACUUCCCAGAGGUUUUGGCAGCCGAAGUUGCCGGUGGCGCGGCGCUUGGGGAGAACAUGUCCGCGGCUUUCAUAAGGAAAAAGGCGACCGAGGUGGGCGCUAGAGUCGACGCGCUCGAGACGGCUCUGCAUCAUCCGCAUCACCACCACCACCACCAUCACCAUCAUCAUCAACAUCAACUUCGGCAUGUAUCGCCGGCGACGAGCGAGUUCGAGUCUUGUGGCGGGUUGGUGGAGCGGGUCGACUUGAAUAAGGUGCCCGAACCGGAGAACUCGGAGUCGGAGUGGGAUGAGAGGAAUUAGUGGAAAACUGGAAUUGGAAAGUCUACUGCUUUUCUUUUUUAUGUGGAUUUGUGGGGGUGGCGCUAACGUGCGCGCCAUGGAGGUAUGGGAGUGACGGCUGAAGAAAUGAUGAGGCCCUCUGUUUGUAGUGUACUGUACCUUUUUCAUUAGCCCUAUUUUUAUUUUUCUUUCUUUGUUUUUAAUCAAAGAAAUUUUGGCCCUGUAAAAAUUGUAAAUGUAAUAUUAUUAUCAGAAUA